UUGAAGUAAAUAAAGUUUUUGCAGCUAAUGUGUUUCUAACUAGUUAAUUUAAAUCAUCAUCUGUAUAUAUUAAAAUUUUAUUCAUAUUCAUUAAAAAUAAAUGACGAAAUGGUGAAUUGUACGGUCUGUGAUCAAAAUACUGGAAAAUAUAAGUGUCCAGUUUGUAGAGCACAAUAUUGCUCAGUACCAUGUUGUAAAAAACACAAAGAAGAAAACUGCAAGCCAAAUCAGAUCACCGAAAAAAAUGAAACAGUUGAAACUACAACCAAAGAAUCACAAAAAAAGCCAGAAUUCGUAACUGAAGAUACAGUCCCCAAUGAAUUAUUAGAGCGAUUACGUGAAUCUAAAAAACUUAAAGAAAUGUUUAAAGUUUCUGAUUUAAAAAAAUUGUUAAAUUAUGUUGAUAAAUCCGAUAAUCCUUAUAAAGAUGUACAGACUGCAAUGAGAGACCCAUUAUUUACUGAAUUUGUUGAUGAAUGUUUAAAAAUUGUGGAUCCUUUACAGAAUCAACAAGAUUUUUAAACUUAAUCUUUUAUUAAUUGU